AUGUCAGAUCCCGCUCCAACACUCAUGUCUGACUUGCCCGAAGGGCACGUGGUUUCGUUUUCGCGACUGAGAACACUACGGCAAGAAGCGCGCCGGAUCGCCGAAUGGUUUGAGGAGCAUACCGAUGGCAAUCAGUGGAUUGUGGUGCUUGGUUUGUCAACACCAAUAAUUGAAACCCUCACAACCGACCGCGACGCACUCAACGGUGUCACCUAUCGAUUCCAGUGGGAGGGCACAACUGGCCUCAUCAAGGUCGUCCCCAAAGGACAGCAUGAGAUCGUUACAAGUCAGAUCGUUGCGGUAGUUCGCGAUGAACUUAGGGCCAUGGGCCUCCCCCGUAAAGAGGUGAUUUGGGUCCGAUCUACAACCUACCGCUCUGGAACAAGCAAGGGAAAAGAAGCUGACGAUGCCUAUCCGCCCCCCUCUCGUCACGCACGACCCAUUGAAAACGCAGGCUACCCAUCACUUGUCAUCGAAACAGGCGUGUCGGAAUCGCUUGGCCGACUUCGUCAGAAUGCACGCAAAUGGUUCGCGGAUUCCGAGGGUGACGUCCGGAUCGUCAUCCUUAUCCAUGUGAAAGAUAAUAUCGUGUCCUUCGGGCAGUGGCAGUUGGCCCCGAGUACUGCACCCCGCCCGCUAACCAAGAGAUACAUCGAGACCCUCUGCGCACAAACCCCUAAUAUUCCACCGCUAACCGGACAGCCGGCACAACUUCAGCAAGUCUACUGUGCCAAUCAAGUUGAUAUCAUCAGAAACUUCGUUGCGGGAAUGCCGAAUGUUAUAGAUGGGUCUCCUAUGGUCCUCCCGUUCAUUGCAAUCCAAGAUCGUCCCCCAGGUCCAGGAGAGGGGGACAUUGUGAUAGGGCCGCAAGAAUUCGAAGAGAUAGCAGACUUGUUGUUCUGA